AUGUUGUCGAGAAUUUGUGGGAAUGGGAUACGAUUAACUCGGACUAGGCUACAAUUUCAGCCAAGUUUAGUCACUUUCAGAGAUUAUAGUAAUCCAGCACCAAAGAAAGGUUUUUUGAACAAUUUGAUGGAUAAUGUACGAGACGAGAUGCAGAAAAAUAAGGAAUUACAGGAGCAUCAACAACAACUGAAAGCUCGUAUGCAAGAAUUGAACGAUUCAGAUGCAUUGAAAGAUGCUAGGAAAAAAUUCGAACUCGUCGAAAAAGAGACUCUCAAAAGCUCAGAAAUCGUGAAACAAAAAGUCGAGGAGCUCAGCGAGCAAAUGAAGAAAAUGAUUCAAGAAAUUCAAAAGACAGAAGCCGGAAAAAAGAUGACAGAAGCUGGAGAGGAGGCGUUGAAACAGGCAAGAAAAGCGGCUGAACAAAUGGAGAAGGUUGCAGAGAAAGUUGGAGAUACAGAGGUUUAUAAGCAGGUUUCAACGUCGAUGAAAACAGUCAAGGAUGAGAUCGAUAGCAUAGCCGAUGUCCGAAUGUACAGCAGACCUGAUACCCUUACGAAACGUACCGACGGAUUCGAUUUGGACAAGGACCGUGUUGUUGAAGCCAAUGACGACGCUACCGACGUAACACUCCACAAAGACUCGAAAUGGUACACAGGAUGGAAAAAUUUCUCCGAAUCGAAUACUUAUUAUCAUAAACUCCUCGACUGGAAAAUCAAAUACGAAGAGUCAGAUAACAUUGCAGUUCGGAUGAUGAGAGGGGUCACCGAGAAGAUUGGAAGCGUUUUCUCCGGUCAAAACGAAGUCUCAGAAGUGCUUACAGAAAUCCACAAGAUCGAUGCCAAUUUCGAUAAACAGGAAUGGCUUAGGUUCUGUGAGACAAAGAUUAUCCCGAAUAUUUUGGAGGCUUUCAUUCGCUUCGAUAUCGAAGUUUUGCAAUCCUGGUGUCAUGAAAGAGCCUUCACCCAACUAUCCACCGUCGUAAAAGAGUACCAAAAGAUGCAUUGGAGUACGAAGGAUUCUCGAAUUAUUGAUAUCAAUAAAGUAGAAAUGGCGACUGGAAAAAUGAUGGAACAAGGGCCUGUAUUGAUUAUUUCAUUCCAAGUUUAUAUGAUCAAUGUGACGAAAAAUGCAGAGGGAAAAGUUGUCGAAGGAGAUCCGGACAACCCGAAACGAAUCAACCAUAUCUGGGUGUUGUGCCGUGACGUCGAAGAAUACAAUCCAGCGACUGCAUGGAAACUUCUGGAAGUUCAUAUGCAGGAGACUCCACUUGCUUUAUAA